AUGGAUAAAUCUAUAAUAUUUUUGGUAUGCCUGAUGGCGCUUUGUACUUGCGCGGAAGUCGAAAGCAGAAAUAAACCAGGACGAGGUCGAGGAUCAAUGUGGUGGGGAAUUGCGAAGGCCGGCGAACCAAAUAACAUCACACCGCUGAGUUCGAGUUACAUGGAUCCGGCGAUCCAUGCGACGCUCCGACGAAAACAGAGAAGAUUGGCGCGCGAAAAUCCCGGCGUGCUGGCGGCCAUAGCAAAAGGAGCUAAUAUGGCGAUUUCCGAGUGUCAGUACCAAUUUAGAAACCGGCGAUGGAAUUGUUCGACGCGAAACUUCCUCAGAGGCAAAAACUUGUUCGGCAAAAUCGUUGAUCGCGGAUGUCGUGAAACAGCAUUCCUCUAUGCCAUCACAAGUGCUGCCGUUACACACUCAAUAGCACGUGCAUGCUCCGAAGGCUUAAUCGAAACCUGCACAUGCGACUACACGCAUCACCAUUCGCGCAUCCAGCAGGGCAACAAUGUUGGCGCCAUCGGAGUCCGUGAUUGGGAAUGGGGCGGUUGCAGCGACAACAUCGGAUUCGGCUUCAAAUUCUCGCGGGAUUUUGUCGAUACCGGCGAACGAGGUCGCACUUUGCGAGAAAAGAUGAAUUUACACAAUAACGAGGCAGGAAGAGCGCACGUUCAGUCAGAAAUGCGUCAAGAGUGUAAGUGCCAUGGCAUGUCGGGAAGUUGCACGAUUAAAACGUGCUGGAUGCGUCUUCCGAGUUUCCGCGUUGUUGGCGAUAAUCUCAAGGAAAAGUUUGACGGAGCAUCCAGAGUGAUGAUCAGCAAUAGUCACAAACCGAAUGCCGAAAACUCGAUUAACAGUGCCCGAUCGAACAGUAUGAAGACGGAGAAGAAUGUCGCCUCGAGUCCAAAUAGUGUGUCGAAUAAUUUGGUGAGCGUCAAGGGAAAUUCACAUCAAAAGAAAAUUAAUCGUUACAGUUUCCAAUUGAAACCCUUCAAUCCAGAUCACAAAGCCCCGGCCACAAAAGAUCUCGUCUAUCUCGAACCCUCUCCCGGAUUCUGUGAGAAAAAUCCCCGUUUAGGCAUCCAGGGCACGCAUGGGCGAAUGUGCAACGACACUUCCAUCGGCGUCGAUGGAUGCGAUCUCAUGUGCUGCGGUCGAGGCUACAUGACGAAAGAAAUUGUCGUUGUCGAAAGAUGCGCAUGUACCUUCCAUUGGUGCUGCGAAGUCAAAUGUAAAUUGUGUAAAACGAAAAAGACAAUUCACACUUGCCUGUAA